CGCACAAGUAAACCUUACGAACGUACAAUCGGUGUGAGAAAUAGUUUGUUCAAGUUCAAUAAUUUUGAGAGAUGUGGAACCAGGCUUACCGGAAAGAUGACGUGGAGUCCGGCACUGCGCCGUUGUAUCCGGCGAUGUUGGAAAGUCCUGAACUCCGGUGGUCUUUUAUUCGAAAAGUGUACUCGAUUAUUUCUAUUCAGUUGCUUCUGACUAUUGCGGUCGCCUCUGUCGUCGUCACCGUUCAUCCGAUUUCACACUUCUUUGCAGCAACAAAUGCAGGCUUAGCACUUUAUAUUGUACUCAUCAUCACACCAUUUAUCACGUUAUGCCCGUUGUAUUACUAUCACCAGAAACAUCCGGUUAACUACUUGCUUCUUGGACUGUUCACGGUUUCUCUUGCCUUUACUAUCGGAUUGACUUGCGCAUUCACCAGCGGCAAAGUAAUUCUGGAGGCAGUCAUACUGACUACAGCGGUGGUGAUUAGUCUGACAUUAUACACCUUCUGGGCGGCUAAAAGAGGCCAAGAUUUCAACUUCCUGGGACCUUUCUUGUUUGGUGCUCUUAUUGUUCUUCUGUUGUUUUCCUUCAUCCAGAUUCUUUUCCCUCUGGGUAAGAUCUCAGUGAUGAUCUAUGGCUGUCUUGCGUCAAUCAUAUUCUGUGGAUACAUUGUCUAUGAUACAGACAAUCUAAUCAAGCGCUACACUUACGAUGAGUACAUCUGGGCUGCUAUAUCCUUGUAUCUUGACGUUAUCAAUUUGUUCCUCGCUCUAUUGUCCAUCUUCAGGGCUGCGGACAGUUGAAGAGUUAAAAGAGAGGAAUAGCUAUACUAAUUUCUCUCUUCACGUGUAUGUGUAUGCUGAUCAUUCGUUCUCUUUCCCUAGUUUCCCCCCUCUUUUGUUAUGGAUGGUUUGCUUAUUGAUAAUUGUAUAGACCGUUUUCUUAGUUAGAAAAACUAGAACUGUAUCGAUUUUGGCAAAUGAUUGGGUUUCCCUCUU